AGGGGCCGGGGCCGGUGGUGGCGAGCGUCGCGCCGGCGUCCAGGGGCAGGUAGGGCCGGGGCGGCUGCGCCGGGCGGCUUCAGGGGAGGCGCGGCCCGGCCCGGCCCCUUCCCUCCGAUCCCUUCCCCGCUUCCCCUUUUCCCUUCCCUGCUGCCCUUCCCGCCGCCUUGCUCCCUCCGGGGCCCGGGCCGUGGCUGUGAUGGAGCCCGGUGGUCGGUCGCUCGGUGGCGGCAGCAGCGGCCUGGGGUAACCGGGAGCACCCCGGGAGGCCCGGCCCCUGGAGCGCGGUGGAGCUGGGACGUGGAAGCCUCUGCAGCGCUGAGAUCCGCUGUCCUUGCGCGGGCAUUGAGGGGUCGCCGCCGGGGGAAGCUCCGAGCGGGGCGGUUGGGUGUCGGGGCUGGGGAGAGCACAGGGCCCGCGGCGGGCCGGGGAUGGGCAGCGCAUGGGAGCAUCAUAGAUGCAGCCUUGGAAGGGCUACAGGUGAUGUAGGGACAGGCCAAGGGAAAUGGCUUUAACCUGCCAGAGGGGAGAUUGAGAUGAGCUCUGAGGCAGAAGCUCUUCCCUGUGAGGGUGCUGAGGCGCUGGCACAGGGUGCCCAGAGAAGCUGUGGCUGCCCCAUCCCUGGCAGUGUUCAAGGCCAGGUUGGACACAGGGGCUUGGAGCAACCUGCUCUAGUGGAAGGUGUCCCUGCCCCUGGCAGGGGGUUGGAACUGGGUGAGCUUUAAGGUCCAUUCCAACACAAACCAGUCGGGGAUUCUCUGUUAAAGGUGAAGAGUUUAUCGUGGGUGCUCCCAGGGGAAAGGUGCAGGUGUGCUGUGGGCCACCUUGGGGGGCUCGUACCUGGGAGCUACCAUGCUCCUCAGUCCCUCCAAGGCCAUAACCACACACAGGUCCCUCUCCCCCGCUAUCAUUCACAGUGCUGUUGGGUUUUGGUCCAGGUACAGAUGCUUUUAGACAGAUGGCUGCUGUGAGCUUGGCUGAUUGUCUGCAAAACAAGAGUUUUAAGGCAUUUGUGCAAGCACCCCUUUGAACAUACGUUGUCAAUCAUGGAAAGAACUACGCAUAAACAGCCCUUUGUAUGGCUGUUGGUAUUUUACAGGUCAUGAUGGGUGGUCUUGAGUCUUGGAGUCAUUCAAGUUUUUCUUUUGUUGCUGAUAAAGAUGGUGUAAUAGAUCACAUUUCCCCCUGCUCUUAUUAAAAAUGACAUGCCUGAGUUGUUUGCAUGACCUGAAUUCACUUGAGCAGGCUAAAACCAAAUGCCAGCUACACACCUCGUUGUUGAGUAAAAAACAAGUAGUAAUCCAAAACCACUUACAAUGAGGAAUGUGCACGGCACAGCCCAGGUAUGUCACAGCAUUUCUGAUGAGGAGCUCAAACCCUGGUGUGCAAAUAGUCUGCAAAGAAAGAACCCUGGUUUGAAGAGGGUUCUGACUGCGGUGCAGAGGGUUAACAAACCCUGCGAUAAGCUGAUAGGACUGGAAUGCAUUUUCUUGGGGUUUGGCAGAUCCGCUUCUUACAAGUGGCUGGUGUUCUGUUUAAAGAAGAGAGAGGACCUUGGUGUUUGCAAUCCCUAACGCUCAUUUUUAGUGUUGACAUGAGUAUAGCAAACGGUGGUGGAAUAUUCCAGCGAUGGAAACACUAAUGGAAUUAUGCAAGCCAGUAGAAAAUAACCUGGAGUGGGCUGUGGGAUUACCCGUGCCCUACAGAGCUGAUUAAUGAAGGUGUUUAUUACCUUCCCUGAAUAAAGCUGUGCUGAGGUGGCUUUUCAGAGUGCCAGGAAUGGUGCCACCUUGGGAUCAGCUGCCUUUUGUGCUGCCCUUGCGCAUCUGGCUGCAGCCUCGUGGAGGCUAACUCUGCUCUUGUGGCAAAGAAAAUGAGCUCAUGUUCCUUUGGAUUCAUGCAAACACACAUCUCUGGAACAACCUUAUCUGUGCAUAUGGAGCAAAAGGCAUACAAUGAAUUCACCAAGCCAGCAGCUUGAAAGAGUUGUGAAAAAUCAGAAUUUUACUGAACAGAUAUUUUGGGGAAAAGGAGGAGGUUUAGGAAUCCGUAAAUAUUCCACCUCCUUCCCAUAGUUCAUGGCUCAUGAGAGAGGCAAAUAUGCUGACUCCAAGCGCAACUGGAGUGCCAGAAGAUGAAUGAUUUGACACUUACUAUGCAGUACAGCAGCGAGGCCCCAGUGUCCUUCUUCAGGUCACUCUUGGUCUGUGGUUUUCCUGCUUCUGUAUCUUUUACUGGGCAAAACUGUCAGCAGCAAAAUACCACAACAGGGUAUUGGGGACUUGCAGAAGUCACUCUGUGAGGGAAUCAGCAAUACUUUCUGCAGGACUGCUGUAGUUUGGAGGUGUGGCUCUAGGAGGUGGAAGCUUUUUCGAUGGGAGUGUUUCUUGGCAUCUGUGUAAAGUGUUUCCAGGAGUUUCUCACUGGCAUCAGCCUUGAUUCAGGGAUAAUUUUCUACUUCCUGGGCAAAGUGGGCCAUAAAAGGAAAGCUCCAGUUAACUCCUUCUGGCUGCAUUCAGUUGAGAUCCUCUGUCCUGGAUGUGAAUUUCUGUUUCCUCAGGCUUCCAUGAUGUUUGCCCAGUGCAGCCCGAGGUGUGCGAGCUCCGUGCUGCUGCUGGUGCUGCUCUGCUGCAUACUUCCUCCUCCGGCACUAGCCAGCAAGAGCUCGGAGGACAUCCGCUGCAAGUGCAUCUGCCCCCCGUACCGGAACAUCAGCGGCCACAUUUACAACAAGAAUGUGUCACAGAAGGACUGCAACUGCCUGCACGUUGUGGAGCCAAUGCCAGUGCCAGGGAAUGAUGUGGAGGCCUAUUGCCUUCUGUGUGAGUGCAAGUACGAGGAGCGCAGCACCACCACCAUCAAGGUGAUCAUCAUCAUUUACUUGUCUGUGGUGGGGGCAUUGCUGCUGUACAUGGCUUUCCUUGUGCUGGUGGACCCUCUGAUCCGGAAGCCAGAUGCUUAUACCCAGCCCCUGCACAAUGAGGAGGAGAAUGAGGAUGCUCGCUCCUUGGCCGCAGCCCCCACCCCAUCUGGGGCCAGAGCCAACACGGUGCUGGAGAGGGUGGAGGGGGCCCAGCAGCGCUGGAAGCGCCAAGUGCAGGAGCAGAGGAAGACAGUUUUCGACCGCCACAAGAUGCUGAGCUAGAUCUUUGCUGAGCACCACUUCCCAAGAGACAGGGCAGCUCCGCUGUUCAAGACGGACAGCGGGUCAUCCUCCAGGACUCUGGUGUUUGAAAGCUUUAACCCUCUCUGAUUUACCAUCUUCAUGGAGAGCAACAGACCAAAAUGGUUUUGUCCCCUUGCCCUUCACCCCUCAGCCCAGAGGCUCCUGACCCCUUGCCUGGCUGAGGUCUGUGCUCAUCGUGGCUGCAUGUACAUGGUUGGAUGCAGGGGCUCACUCGAGCGGACGCUGCAGCUCCAGUCUCCAUCAUCCCACCCCUGUACUGGAGACAGGGGUCUCUGUACAGAGUGUUGAAAGCCGGCUGAGUCUUCCUGGGAUAAAGAUAGUGGGAUAAUUUUUCUGCGGGAUAAAUUAUGUGGCGCUUCUCCAUGACAAAGAAGCCUCCUCCUCCUCUUCCAGCUUGCACCGGUGUUAACUGGGUGUCAUGGUGCUGAGAUGAAUGUGUUGCACUGGAAGGAAGAGGAGAAGGUUCCCUCCCCAGGGUCAGCUGCUUACCCAGUGUAAACAGGGUGGAUUUCCACUCUCUUCAGUGGAGUCUGUCCAGAUUUACACCAGCAUAACUGAGAUUGCAGCUUGUUUCUGCACAGGAGAAGAUCACGAAACCCAUUAAUACCUUCAGAGGUAAGAGACCAACAGGUAAAAGGUUGAUUUACAUGUUUAUCUUUUCCUGCUUUAGCAGCAGAUAAAAACAUACUGGGGAGAAAGUUUUCCAUUGCACCCACACUGGUAACCAGUGCUCUCACAGCAUGGUCAGGAGCACUUGUGUCCUGGGCAAAGGCUCUGCAGGAGCACUGUAAACACUCCGCUGGGUCUUGGGGCUCUGGGAAGGGGACACUUGUGCUACUCCAGGCACUCCCAAAAGCUCUGACUGGACUUGGGCUGCGUGGAGGAAACUGAAGUGAUUCUGCCAUGUGUAUGUUGGUCCCACUGAGAACAUUGACAACGUCAGGAAGGUGCUGGAGUUCAUCAUGUAGCAUCUCUGUAUUAAAUGCAGACAAAACCCUA